GAAAGACCCGGGAGAGCCAGCCCCGGCCUGCAGCAGCCCUUCGAAAUGUCCCGAUCCUUCUAUGUCGACUCUUUAAUCAUCAAAGACUCCUCGAGGCCAGCUCCUUCCCUGCCUGAGCACCCCCAUGGACAGGAUUUCCUCAUCCCCCUCAGCAUGCCUUCCCCCCUGGUCAUGUCGGUGUCGGGCCCCGGCUGCCCGUCCCGCAAGAGCGGCACCUUCUGCGUGUGCCCGCUGUGUGUCACUUCGCACUUGCACUCGUCCCGGGGGGGUGGCAGCGGGGCCAUCCCCCUGCUCAAGAGCCAGUUCCCUCCCGGCGGAGAUGCCCAGUACUGCCCCAGGAUGAGCCAUGCCCAGCACCAGCAGCAGCAGAGCUCGGUACCAGCCGCCGCCGCCGCCGCCCUGGGCCACCCGGCGCAUCACGCACCUGUCUGCACCGCCACCACCUACAGCGUUAGCGACCCCAGGAGAUUCCAUUGCCUCAGCAUGGGAGGAUCCGAUACUAGCCACAUCCCAAACGGCAAGAGGAUGCGGACCGCUUUCACCAGCACGCAGCUUUUGGAGCUAGAGAGGGAGUUUUCUUCCAACAUGUACCUGUCCCGCCUGAGGAGAAUCGAGAUCGCUACCUACCUGAACCUGUCCGAGAAGCAAGUGAAAAUCUGGUUCCAGAAUCGAAGGGUGAAACACAAGAAAGAGGGCAAGGGAACUCAGAGAAACACUCACGGGGGCUGCAAGUGCACUGGCAACCCGGGGCAUUACCCCAGGUCAGAAGACGAAGAGUCUUUAUCCCCAUCAUCUGCGAAUGAGGACAAAGAGAUCUCCCCUUUAUAAAGUGCUAACAAACCCGCCGACUUCCUUCCCAAGGUGGGGCGCCUUCGACCCUCUGAACUAGCUGCUUCCACCCUAGGGUUGCAAGCCUGAGCUAAACGGGGAAGCAUGAGUGACGGCAACGGCAUGCACCUGACCGAGCUGGGACCAUGCUAAGGAACACACAGACAAAGGAGAUAGUUCUUGAUGGCUCUGUCCGCCAAUAAGGUUUAUUUUAAUCGAUUCACAGGUUAGAUAUUUUGAAUGUACAGGUUUUAGGGUUGAGCGUUCAACUAAAACACUAUUUAUAUAACACAAGGAGCAAUGUUGCUCUUUUUUAAAAAAAGUUAACGUGGUCCUGGAUUUCCUAUGGGCAUGGCAGUUUUCCUCCCUUCCCUCCCCUCAAUACAGUUUAAGAAAAUCCCAUUUCAUGACUUUACUGAAAGUUCCGACGUCGAGAAGAAUUUAGAGAAUUAAAAGGAAAAAUAGGUCUAACUGCAUGAGAAUCUUCUGUACAGAGUUUAAAAAAUUACAAUCGUUCGGAGGUUCGUUCGUAUGUGAAUAGUUUUAUAUAAGAUUUAUAUUUAUAUUUAUUUAAAUGAGGUCAGGUCAGACAAGAAUUUUAAUUUUUUUUAAAGUGCCAGCUUAGUUCAAACAAUGAUGGUGUAAUUAAUGGGGCAAACAUG